CGGACUAUUUUUGUGUAGCACACCAGAACACGGAAGUGAAGCGCCGCUCCUGUGUCUGUUGAUGUUUUCGUCUUCGCACCGGGCAGAGAAGUUAAUAUUUGGGACAUAAUGGCGGUGAGCGCCGUCCACCUGGAGUCAGAUGCCUUCCUGGUGUGUAUGAAUCACGCGCUCAGCACAGAGAAAGAGGAGGUGAUGGGUUUGUGCAUCGGAGAGGUGGAGACUACCCGGAUCGUCCACAUCCACUCCGUCAUCAUCCUACGCCGCUCGGACAAGAGGAAGGACCGGGUGGAGAUCUCCCCGGAGCAGCUGUCAGCAGCCUCCACGGAGGCGGAGAGGCUGGCCGACAUGACUGGCAGGCCGAUGCGGGUGGUUGGCUGGUACCACUCCCACCCGCAUAUCACCGUGUGGCCCUCCCACGUCGACGUGAGGACCCAGGCGAUGUACCAGAUGCUGGACCAGUGCUUCGUGGGCCUCAUCUUCUCCUGCUUCAUCGAGGACAAAAACACCAAAACGGGCCGGGUGCUGUACACCUGCUUCCAGUCCGCGCAGGCGCAGAAGGGCUCCGAGUACGAGCGGGUGGAGAUCCCCAUCCACGUCGUGCCCCGGGAGGCCAUCGGUAAGGUGUGCUUAGAGUCGGCCGUGGAGCUGCCGCGCAUCCUGUGUCAGGAGGAGCAAGACACAUACCGGAAGAUCCACAGCCUGGCGCACCUGGACCCGGUCACCAAGAUCCACAACGGCUCGGUGUUCACCAAGAACCUGUGCAGCCAGAUGUCGGCGGUGAGCGGGCCGCUGCUGCAGUGGCUGGAGGACCGGCUGGAGCAGAACAAGCAGAGCAUCGUGGAGCUGCAGCAGGAGAAGGAGAGGCUGCUGCAGGAGCUGGCUGCUCUGUGAGCCGGGGGGACAGCGAGGGUGGAGGAGGACGGUGUGGAGGACACCAUCAGUUCUUCUUCUGUUGUUGGACUAAAGAAAUUAUCUGCUGUUUUUCCUGUUGGCUUCUUCACCAUUUUCUUGCCUUCCAUGGAGGUACAACAGUGUCACUAAGUUUUGACAUUGAAAACAAAAUUUGGCAUUGAAAACAAAAUUUGGCAUUGAAAACGAAAAUAUUGCGCCCCAGGGAAAUAUUACACAUAAAGAGAAUAUCAUGAAGAAAAAAAUGAAAGAUUGUCAUUGAAAACGCAUUGGAAUACAAACAAUAUUAGAAUAAAAUAAAAAAUAAUUUCAAUGCCUGUGUUUUAUUUUUCAGUGAAAUUUUUUCAGUGCCAAUGUUUUCUUUCUCACUGCCAAAAUUUAUUUUUGAUGCCAAAAUCACUGUUCUAUAUCCAUAUUUUUGAACCUCAAUACUUUUGCUGUACCAGCCAAGAAGUGUCCAUAAUGUAAAGUAUUGAAAAAUGUCUAAUAGCAAAUGUUUGCAUUAAAUGUCAGGUAAAAAUCAGA